AUGUCUCUCGCAAAGAUCAAGCGCAUCAUCUUGGUCCUCUCGGGCAAGGGAGGCGUAGGAAAAUCUUCCGUGACAACACAGUUAGCUUUAUCGCUGUCGCUUGCUGGCCAUUCCGUCGGAGUUCUCGAUGUCGAUCUGACGGGGCCUUCCAUGCCGCGCAUGUUCAAUAUCGAAGACGCGAAAGUUACCCAGGCGCCCGGAGGGUGGCUCCCCGUAACCGUUCACCCUGCCAACCCCGAUUCCGGUGUAGGCGAAUUGAGAUGCAUGAGCUUAGGUUUCCUAUUGCGCGGGAGGGGGGAUGCCGUAGUAUGGCGAGGCCCGAAGAAGACGGCCAUGAUCCGCCAGUUCCUCUCCGACGUGCUAUGGGGGGAGAUGGACUACUUGCUUAUCGAUACACCCCCGGGAACGUCUGACGAGCAUAUCUCACUUGCAGAGACGCUUCUGAAGGAUGCAUUUCCCGGACAGGUGGCCGGGGCCGUGGUAGUCACCACUCCUCAAGCCGUCGCCACAGCCGACGUCCGAAAAGAGCUGAAUUUCUGUGCGAAGACGGGCAUAUCGAUCAUCGGCGUUGUCGAAAACAUGGUCGGGUUCGUCUGCCCAAAUUGCGCCGAGUGCACCAAUAUCUUCGGCAAGGGAGGGGGUCAGGUCAUGGCGACCGAUUUCAACGUGCGCUUCCUCGGAGGCGUCCCCAUAGACCCUCAGUUCGUUAUGCUGGUCGAGACAGGUAGGCAACCGUCCUACCCGGAAGGGACGGUCAUCAACGGGCGAGACUUUUCGCAGGCCCAGCAGAAUGGUGAGGCCGAACCCCCCGAGGAGGCCACGAGGGGUGCCGGCCAUCUCGCAGAAAAAUAUUUGGAUUGCUCCCUCGAGCCGAUCUUUAGAGAGAUAACACAAAGCAUCGUCACCGCCAUCGGCUGA